AUUUGUAAUAAAGCUCGUUUUUUUUUUCCCUAAAUAAUAUUAAUAAGACAAUUUUUAUGCGGUUGUGUGGUACACCUCUAUAGAGGUAUAGACAAAGUGGUUUUUGAUUGUUUGUAUUUUUUGUUGUUGUUGUCGAAAUCAGUGAUUUGUGUUGUUUGUUUUAUUAUUAUUAUUAUUUUUUUUAUCGACUUUUGAUUUCGGCUAUGCGAUUUUGGUAGCGUGAGAAGCGAGGAGUCGCUGGUAUUUUCGGUAUUUCUCUUCUUUUUUUUGUUUGUUCGUUGCUUUCUGAUCGGGGGGGUUGUGGACUUGCGUGAGGAAAGAUGAACAAUGAGGGUUUAGAGAGUACGGUUCACGUGACGGCGCCGAGUAUAUUGAAUAAGGCGCCGCAGACGAUGCCGCAGAGGUCGCCGUUCGCCAUCCAGGAGCUGCUGGGUCUGGGCGACUCUCAGCACAGGUCGCCCACCGCCGCCGUCUCCGCGAUAACGCCGAACGUUUACCCGCAGCGGCACAUCCAAGCGCCGACAUGUUUCCCGUCGGAUCACGGCUUCAAUCAUCACCACAUGACGAUGGCGGCCAGCAGGAUGGCGUAUUUCAAUGCACAGGCGGCCGUCGCGGCCGCCUUCCUGCCGCACAACAUCGCCGCCGCCGCCGGGAUGAACGCGAAUCCUGCGGGAGCGUCGCCGGCGGCGGUGCUCGGACUCACGCAUCAAGCUUCCGGAGCAUCCGAUUUUUUCCAUCAGAUGCAGAAUACUAAAGGGUUCUCUCAAUUGAAAUCGUCCUUCGGAUCAUCGGGCCCCGGCUCAUGCCUCUCCGGACAACUGGACAAUACCAAAGACUUUUCGGUGAGCGAUGGACUCAGCGGAUUCAAUAAAAAGAAAAAGAAGAAGCGGCGUCAUAGUAGGACGAUUUUCACGAGCUACCAGCUGGAGGAACUGGAGAAGGCCUUCAAGGAUGCCCAUUACCCCGACGUCUAUGCAAGAGAAAUGUUAAGUCUGAAAACCGAUCUGCCAGAAGAUAGGAUACAAGUGUGGUUUCAAAAUAGAAGAGCGAAGUGGCGGAAAACCGAAAAGUGUUGGGGAAGGAGCACGAUCAUGGCGGAAUACGGCCUUUACGGCGCGAUGGUCAGGCAUUCGUUGCCACUGCCGGAAACCAUACUGAAAAGCGCCAAGGAAAACGAGAGUGUCGCCCCCUGGCUCUUAGGAAUGCACAGGAAAUCGAUGGAGGCAGCGGAGCACCUGAAGGACGACAAUUGUAACAGCAACAGCGACCACGAGGAGACGACCAGCAUGAGAACAGAGGAAAGUGAUACGAGCGCCACGUCGGGUCACCAGACCCAGCAGCUCUCGCCGUCGCACACCGUCAACCAGGUGAAGAAGGAGCACCAACAGCAGCAACAACACCAGCAGCAACAGCAACAACACCAGCAGUCGCAGCAACAGCAGCAGCAGACGUAUCCCGAAGACCCGGAGGCCUUCAGGAACAAUUCCAUAGCCUGCCUGAGGGCAAAGGCGCAGGAGCACAGCGCGAAACUGCUCAAUCACGGCCUAAUGUUACAUGCCCGGACCAGUGCGACGCAGCAGCAGGAUGCCAACGCCAACAAUCUGCACCAUCAGGAAGUCAACAACUCCGACACCAACUCCAGUGUAUUCUGAUAAAAGGAAGACGCGCAUUAUUUAUUAUUAUUAUAUUGUAAUUAUUGUAAUUGUAACCAUGACGAUGACGACGAAACAAGGAAAAGACAAAACGAAACAAA